AUGGACUCCGUGUGGAGAAUCGGCCUCUUCAUCAUACUUCUAGUGCUCAAGGCACGUGCUCUUCCAGCACAAUAUGGCGAAGAUGCAGAUGCAGGUGAAUUACGGGAGGACAUUCUUGAAAUUAACUUAGAUUCCCAAAGAGAUUUGUUUGAAGGAGAUAUUGCAGGUGAUCCACGAAGAAACGCAAUAAUAGAUGAAAAAGCAAGAUGGCAGUUCCCCAUUCCGUAUAUACUCACAGACACAUUGGAUCUGAAUGCAAAAGGAGUGAUCCUUCAAGCCCUUGAAAUGUAUCGUCUGAAGUCUUGUGUGGACUUUAAGCCCUAUGAAGGAGAAAGCACCUACAUUUCUUUUACAAAAUUGGAUGGAUGUUGGUCAUUUGUAGGUGAUUUAAAGACAGGCCAGAACGUCUCCAUCGGGGAGAGAUGUGACACUAAAGCCAUUGUAGAACAUGAGCUUCUCCAUGCACUGGGUUUCUAUCAUGAGCAGUCCCGCUCAGACCGGGACGACUAUGUCAAAAUCUGGUGGGAUCAAAUCAUUGAAGGAAAGGAGCACAAUUUCAAUAAAUAUGAGGAUGAUUUUAUCACUGAUUUGAACACACCCUAUGAUUAUGAGUCCAUCAUGCACUACAGGCCUCUGUCGUUCAACAAGGACCCCGAUAUUCCAACUAUAACCACCACCAUCCCUGCCUUCAAUAACAUCAUAGGACAGCGCUUAGACUUCAGUGCACUUGAUCUGGAGAGACUAAAUCGCAUGUAUGAAUGCACUGCAACACACACUCUGCUGGAUCAGUGUGCCUUUGAGCAGAUCAACAUUUGUGGAAUGAUUCAGAAUGAGGAGGAUGAUGCUGACUGGGUCCAGACUUUGAGCUCUACAGAUAUAAAGGAUCACACACUUGGAGGACAAUGCAGAGAUUCAGGUUAUUUCAUGAAGUUUGACACCGAUAACAAGACUGAGGGACACAGUGCUUUACUGGAGUCACGGAUUCUUUACCCCAAGAGGAACCAGCAGUGCCUUGAGUUCUUCUACAGGAUGAGUGGAGAGCCAGGCGACAAGCUCGUCAUCUGGGUCAGAAUUGACGAUGGAGCUGGCAAUGUUCACAAAGUGAGGAAAGUUCACACAAUCACAGGUAAUGGGGAUAACUCGUGGAACAUUACACAAGUCACUCUUAAUGUUGAGGAAAAAUUCCGGUACUUCUUCCAGGGAAUUGUGGGCCCCAACAAAACAUCAGGGAUCUUUAUAGAUGACAUUAUUCUGACUGAAACACCAUGUCCAAACACUGUCUGGAGGAUCCAGAACUUCACAAACCUCCUCAAUACUCUACCACAUGAUGCCAAAGUUCAGAGUAAACGUUUUUACAACUCUGAGGGUUACGCUUAUGGAAUUAAUGUUUAUCCAAAUGGCAGGGUGAAUUCAUCUAAAGAGUUUGUAGGGAUUACGUUUAAUCUUUUCGGUGGUGAGAAUGAUGCAGUAUUGGAAUGGCCUGCGGUGAAUCGGCAAGUCACUAUUACAGCAAAGGACCAAAAUCCAGAUGCAACCCUUCAAAUGUCCAACAGCAGAAGCUUUACCACUGAUGCUGACAUGCGGUGGAAUAAACCAUCAACAUUUGAACAAUGGGAUGAUACUUGCGGUUGCUUUAGAGGACCAGAGUUUGGCUGGGGUACCUUCAUGUCUCACGAUCAGCUCCGCAGGAGAGACUUUCUUAAGAAUGACGACCUGAUCAUCACUGUUAAUUUUGAUGAUUUGGCACAUCUUGUAAAAUCUGAAGUUCCAACCAAAGUCUCAAACAACCCCCAGCCUGCAGAAGAAACCAUUGAGAGACCAAAAAGCCGACACCCACGAGCAAUCAGUGACCCGUGUCAACCAAACCCCUGCCAAAAUGGAGGAGCGUGUGUCACACAUCAGGGGAAAGCAACAUGCAGGUGUGCCUCUGGACAGGCCGUUGUGUACACAGGAGACACUUGUGAGAAACAACACAUUGACGGAGGAAUUGUGGGAGUUUUGAUCGGUGGUGCUGUUGGAACUGUAGCACUUACUGUUGCUAUCAUUGCAGUGAUCUACAGGCAGAAGUAAAGCUAGACAUUUCUAUCAUUCUGUAAUAUGCUUCUUUAAAGAAUCAGCGUGCAAUAGUCUGCUCAAGAUUUAUCUUUUAUUCAGAAUAAAAGUUGUGCUAUCAACAA